CGCUCGGCUUGAUGGACGCGCUGCCUUCCACCAAUGGGGACGAAGGGAAGCCCGAGCGUGUGGCCCCGGCGAGUGCGGAUAAAAGCCGCCCCGCCGGGCUCCGGCUUCAUUCUGAGCCGAGCCCAGUGCCAAGCGCAGCUAGCUCAGCAGGCGGCGGCGGCGGCCUGAGCUUCAGGGCAGCCAGCUCCCUCCCGGUCUCGCCUUCCCUCCCGGUCAGCAUGAAAGCCUUCAGUCCCGUGAGGUCCGUUAGGAAAAACAGCCUGUCGGACCACAGCCUGGGCAUCUCCCGGAGCAAAACCCCGGUGGACGACCCGAUGAGCCUGCUGUACAACAUGAACGACUGCUACUCCAAGCUCAAGGAGCUGGUGCCCAGCAUCCCCCAGAACAAGAAGGUGAGCAAGAUGGAAAUCCUGCAGCACGUCAUCGACUACAUCUUGGACCUGCAGAUCGCCCUGGACUCGCAUCCCACUAUUGUCAGCCUCCAUCACCAGAGACCCGGGCAGAACCAGGCGUCCAGGACGCCGCUGACCACCCUCAACACGGACAUCAGCAUCCUGUCCUUGCAGGCUUCUGAAUUCCCUUCUGAGUUAAUGUCAAAUGACAGCAAAGCACUGUGUGGCUGAAUAAGCGGUGUUCAUGACUUCUUUUUUUUUCUUUGCACAACAACAACAACAACAAAUCCACAGAAUCUUUUCAGUGCUGAACUUUUCAACCAUUUCACAAGGAGGACAACUUGAACGGACCUUUUUGAAAAGAAAAAAAAAAUGGAAGGAAAACUAAGAAUGAUCAUCUUCCCAGGGUGUUCUCUCACCUGGACUGAGAUAUUCGUUAUUUAUGAAAAAGACUUUUAAAUGCCCUUUCUGCAGUUGGAAGGUUUUCUUUAUAUACUAUUCCCACCAUGGGGAGCGAAAACGUUAAAAUCACAAGGAAUUGCCCAAUCUAAGCAGACUUUGCCUUUUUUCAAAGGUGGAGCGUGAAUACCAGAAGGAUCCAGUAUUCAGUCACUUAAAUGAAGUCUUUUGGUCAGAAAUUACCUUUUUGACACAAGCCUACUGAGUGCUGUGUAUAUAUUUAUAUAUAAAUAUAUCUAUUGAGUGAAACCUUGUGAACUCUUUAAUUAGAGUUUUCUUGUAUAGUGGCAGAGAUGUCUAUUUCUGCUUUAAAAAGUGUAAUGAUGUACUUAUUCAUGCUAAACUUUUUAUAAAAGUUUAGUUGUAAACUUAACCCUUUUAUACAAAAUAAAUCAAGUGUGUUUAUUGAAUGGUGAUUGCCUGCUUUAUUUCAGAGGACCAGUGCUUUGAUUUUUAUUAUGCUAUGUUAUAACUGAACCCAAAUAAAUACAAGUUCAAAUUUAUGUAGACUGUAUAAGAUUAUAAUAAAACAUGUCUGAAGUCAG